AAAAAGCUGCAGAGACUCUGGUAUGACGGGAGCGCCUAUUGUCCUCAGCGGGGAACUCAAGUUUUUUUUAAAGAGUGGAGUGUCAUCUUUGUGUUUCUGACAUGCUCUCCAGCCGCUUUGUUGCUCUGUUCAUUUUAUACUUUACAGCUGCCUCUGGGACCACAACAUACGACAGCUACAAUGACUUCGUAGAGCAAGACCACACUCCUCAACUGGACUAUAGCAACCCAAACUGGUGCCAUUCUCCGGUUCUGACCAAUGGAGAGGUGUCCUGCCGCUCCCCUCGAGGCAGGGCCUACACGAGCACGUUGGGCACCCGCUGUGAGAUGAGCUGUGAUCGAGGAUACCGACUGCUGGGGAAGAGCUCGGUUCAGUGCCUCGCCAACCGACGCUGGUCUGGGACUGCUUACUGCCGCAGGAUUCGUUGCCACGUGCUGCCCCUCAUUCCCCAUGGCAGAUACACCUGCACUCACGGCUUCAUGGUGGACUCCAGAUGUGAUUUCACCUGUGACCGCGGCUAUCGCAUCGAGGGGCAACACUCACGUACCUGUCAGCGCCGUGGGUCAUGGAGCGGCGUACAGCCAGAGUGUGAAGAUACUGACCCUCCAAAGAUCAAGUGUCCUUCAUCCAGAAUCAAGUACGCCGAGCCUGGAAAACUCACUGCUACAGUGACCUGGGACCCCCCCACUGCUAAAGAUACGUCUGACAAAACACUUGAUAUAAUAUUAGUAGGCCAGGAGCCGGGCACCGACUUUAAAGAGGGACAAAACAUUAUCCGAUACAAAGUGUACGAUCAAUCCAGGAACAGAGCGGCCUGCAAGUUUAUUGUACGUGUUGAGGUGAGAAGAUGUCCAGAAUUACCUGCACCUAUGCACGGCUAUCUCACCUGCUCCUCUGAUGGAAAUAACUACGGUGCAACCUGUGACUACCACUGUGACGGAGGAUAUGAAAGGAGGGGUGUAUCUAGUCGUGUCUGCCUGUUCAACCGCAGCUGGGGCGGAGACCCUGCUGAGUGUGUUUCAAUGGACAUCAAAUCAGACGUGAAGACGGUCUCCGCUCUCCUGGAUCAGUUCUAUGAAAAGAGGAGGCUGCUGAUCAUGUCUGCGCCCAACAUGACGGACUCCGACUACCAGCUGCAGAACGUCAUGAUACAAAAAGCAGACUGUGGAUUAGACCUGCGACAUGUAACUGUGAUCGAGCUCCUGGGCUCUCCGCCUCGUGAAACAGGCCGCAUUAAAGAAAGCCUGCUCAGCUCUGAAGUCAUCGAGGGUUUGAGACAAGUGUUCAGAAUCUCCAGAUAUUACUUCAGCAUGUUGCUGCUGGACAAGUUGGGCUCAGACCGAGAGCGCUUCAUCGCCCCCAUGUCGUCGGACGAGCUGUUCUCCUACAUCGAUAGCUUCCUGCUGGAUGAAGAGGAGCGAGAACGGCUGGAGCACCACAGGGAAUUCUGUGACUAAUUCAAUAAACCUCUCUGGUUGCCACAGCGAUAAGCUCAUCAGUAUUACUAAACACAAGAUGAGGAAGGACAAACAAGCAGGAAGCAGGUCCAGAGGGACAUUAGGAGGGGAAAGAGGACAAGAAGGCAGUUCCUCGUGUUUAAAUGUGAUCACUAAACAACACUGAAGUGCUAGCACUGUUUUCUCUCUUGAAUAAUCAUCUGAAAGGAACAAAGGCCAGAGAGUGGACGUCACAGCGACAGAUAAUAAGAGACAAGCUUGAGUAAAACACAUUAGUAUGAAAAGACAGUUUGAACCAUUGAUACAUAAAGUUAGGUUGGAUACAUGAUGUGGGUUAGUGUUUAUGUCAGGGCCCUGUUAGUAAAACUGUUAUCUAAAUACCGACACCUCCUACAAAAGACUACUGAGGAACAAUUUCGUAGACAGAUUCUUUUUAAAUCCAGCUGGUAUGGACGAUCAAGCAUGUCUUUGUGUUUAGUAAAUUUUUUAUUGGGUGAACAGAAUAUUCAUGGCAACCUCGAGGUAAAACAUGUCUCUGAUCACACAGUUAAAAGAUAAAAAUCUACAUUUGUAUCUGCAAAAUAGACAAAUUUAACAAUUUCAAAUAAGACUUUUUAUGCAACUAUAUAAAUACAAUUUUUACAUGAUAAUUUUGUUAGAUGCAACACCAGGAAUUUUAUAUAAUGACUUGUUUUACCACUCAUCAGUGUAAUUCUGUACAAUUAUAAAGAAAACAUGUGACACAUUACAA